UUAAAUUGGAACCGCUCUUAACUUGUACACUCUUUGGACAAAGUCAGCCAACAUGGCGACCGUUUGAAAGAAAGGGGUUGAAUGUUUGUAGUGCCAACAAAAAUGAGGCUGCCCCGUUGUUGCUUUGGGCUCCGACGAACCUAUUUGUUUUGGGCAAUUCUGCUGAUCCUCCUGGUUGGUGUAGUCUUGACAGCUCUGCUGCCACCUGCUGAGGACCAAAGAGGUGUUGCUGUCUUGGAGGUGCUACGAAGGGCAACCCCGCAAAAGCAGAAUCCCGCACAGGUUCACCACGCUGACAGCUCGGAGGAGAAGAAGUUUACCAUCAUCAUCCAGACUUACAACCGCACAGACGUUUUGCUCAAACUCCUAAACCAUUACCAGGGAGUACCUCAUCUUCAGAGAAUUAUCAUAGUAUGGAACAACAUUGGAGAGCAGACACCUGCAAAGCUGUGGAGCUCCUUGGGGCCUCAUCCGGUCCAGGUAGUCUUCAAGGAGCAGACCAGCAACCGAAUGCGCAACAGACUACAACCAUUCCCUGAAAUUGAUACUGAUGCUGUUCUGAUGCUGGAUGAUGACACUCUCAUCAGUGUACCUGACAUCAGUUUUGCUUUUUCUGUCUGGAAGCAAUUUCCAGACCAGAUUGUUGGAUUUGUACCGAGGAAACAUGUCUCAACAGCAGCAGGAGUGUACAGCUAUGGCAGCUUUGAGCUGCAGGAUCCAGAAACAGCAGGAGGUGACGUAUACUCCAUGGUGUUAAUUGGUGCUGCCUUCUUCCACCGCCGCUAUUUGCAGCUCUUUCAGGACCAGCCUCAAGCAGUGCAUGCUUUAGUGGAUGAAACGCAGAACUGUGACGAUAUUGCCAUGAACUUUGCCGUAGCUCUGUAUUUAAGAAAACAAUCAAAGUUGGGUAAAAUGAACAGAGCCUCUGGGGUCUUUAUCAAACCCGUGGACCUCCGCAACCUAGAAAAGGAGGCCAGCAGUGGAUACCAGGGGAUGUGGCAUCGUCCCGAACACCUUCUCCAGAGGUCCUACUGCCUGAACAGGUUGACACAGAUCUAUGGCUUUAUGCCUCUUUCCUUCUCCAACCUGAUGGUCUCCCAGUUUGGCUUCCCCAGUUAUGCAAACCACAAAAGCAGGGGCUGAGGAAGUGCUGCAUUACUGAUUGCUCUGGAUAAAAAGUAGACGAGAUAUAGCGUUCUGGUAAGUCUGUUUGAUUAACAUCAUGUGACAGGGUGGAGGAUAAGUUCGAAUUAUCUAACAGUCUGUGUGAGAGUGUGAGUGAGUGAGAGAGAGAGAGAGAGAGAGAGACUAAAAACUAAAAAAUGAAAACUUUAAUCUCAUUGUACCUCUUUGAUUUUUAGCCUACUCUUUUGAGUUUUAGGAUUCUGAGCAGUUUUCUCAUUCACAGCCCGACAGUGAUGGACGCCUGAUUUUUGGACAGCGAGGAUUGUUAGAAGAAUUUGCUGCACAUGCCCUUGUCUGAUGAGACAUCCAUAUUUGAUAAGCUAAUCUGUAUUGUUUACCAGGAACUGCCUUAAAGUUACCUUGAAGCCAAAAAAGUGUCAGUCUUUGAUCUAUUUUGACAACUUAACCUGCUUUAUUAGUAACAGAUUUAGACUGUCUUAAGAUGUAGGUAUGCUGUAGUUGUAUUUAACCAAAAAAACUUUCCACCAAUGUAUCUGAAUAAAAAGGAAUUGUGAAAAGCAUUUAACAGUGACUCUUUAUGUCCAGGACAGGAAUGUGAUUUGAUAAAUAAAAUGUUUUCUCAGGGCAUGAAAUCAUUAUUAUAAUGGUGAAAAUAAUUUAUUCCCUGUUGAAUUUGUAAAUUUGCUCACUCACGAAGAAAUGAACAGUUUCUAAUUUUCUAUGGCAGUGGUAUUUUAAUGGAGAAAGACAGAAUAUCAACCAGAAACCCCCCCCAAUCAAAUUCAGCAGGGGGUGAAAUACUUCCCCCACUGUAUGAGUUCAGGUAGUAAUCUGGAGAUGUCGGCAUCUGAAGAAUUAACUGAGUGUGUUUUGGCACCAUGAGUCGUGGUAUCUUUGUUCCAAAUUCUCAUAUGUGCCAACUAUAGAUUAAACGCUU